GACCUAAUGUACAGCCAUUAUCCACCCAAAAAGUGUAGUCAUUUUACGUUGAAGCGAUUGAAAGUGAAGGAGACAAUAAUCCGAGAGAACAAUUUGGAAGCAAGGCAUGUAGCAUGGACGGUUUCUCAUGAAAACUCUCUCUAUUGUUUCGGACUAAAAAUCAGUGGUUCAAAUGUUGCUCCAAAAUCACCAAGGCUUGUUGUUCUUCCUCCCGUUCUUUAUCAUAGUAGGCGGAGAAAAGCAGGACUCAGAAAAAACGGUUCAAAAAGCUCAGUAUGAUGAGGUGCGGAGAGAACUAUCAAAUUUGCAAACAAAGUUUGCAAAGCUCGAGGAAAGAAUUCGUAUGACUGAGGAGCUGCAAAAAGGAUUCCAAUCAAUGGAGGAACAGCUACACUCAAUAAAGGAUGGCAUUUCUGAGCAGUCAAAAUUAGUGAAAGAAAAAAUAAAAGACUUGUCCAAAUUGAUUGAAUUGAAAUUUAUUAACCUAAUUACUGUUCUUAAACCGAUAUAAAUGUUAUAAGUAUUCAA